AUGGCGACCGAGAGCAACCCGGCGCUCGCCUCCCUCCCGUCCAACGUGCGCGAGAUCAUCGAGCUCGCCAGCCAGCGCGAUGGCGGCAUUCCUUUCCGGGCAAAGACCGCUCAUGUCCACAGAACCUGGGCUGGCACUUUCACGAGCUUGCCCGAGCUCUAUAUUCAACCCGAAUCUGUCCAAGAAAUUCAAAAGGUCGUCCGCUUGGCCCGUCAUGCCCGGCGCCGUGUCACUACCACCGGCUGCGGUCACUCUCCUUCAGACAUCACUUGUACCUCGUCCUGGCUCGUCAACCUGGACAACUUCAACAAGGUUAUCUCCGUUGACCAUUCGACCGGUCUCGUUGUUGUGCAGGCAGGUAUCCGUCUUUACCAGCUCAGUGACGAGCUGGACCGCCGCGGGCUUGCUUUGCCUAGCCUCGGCAGCAUCAAUGAGCAGAGCAUUGCCGGCGCCAUCAGCACGGGCACGCACGGCAGCGGCAUCAAGCAUGGUCUUGUCGGUGAAAGCAUUACUGAGCUCAAGAUUACUCUUGCCAAUGGCGAGACGUUGUCGUGCUCCCCAGAGGACAAGCCUGAUCUCUUCCGGGCCGCCUUGAUCUCCCUCGGUGCCUUGGGUAUCAUCACCGAGGUCACUUUCAAGGCUGUCCCAGCUUUCUCACUUGCCUGGAGCCAGGCAAUCGACUCGGAUAAGCGCAUCUUUGAGCAAUGGGAGAAGGAUCUCUGGAGCCAGGCCGAGUUUGUGCGUAUUUGGUGGUUUCCUUACAUGCGCCGCGCCGCUGUUUGGACUGCCCACGUUGUCGACCCGGUCGACUUGAAGACCGGCGCCGUCAAGCACCGUGAGCCGCCAACAAGCUACUACGAUAGCUGGCUGGGCUACUAUGUUUAUCACAACCUUCUUGCUCUCUCCAGAUGGGUCCCGCGCAUCACGCCUUGGAUUGAGUGGUUCGUUUUCGGCAUGCAGUAUGGUUUCAAGAACGGCGAGGUCACGAGGAUUGGCGCCGUUCAGCCCAGCCAGAAGGCCUUCCUGCUGAACUGCCUAUACAGCCAAUCCGUCAACGAGUGGGCCAUCCCCCUCCACAAGGGACCCGAGGCUCUACAGCGUCUUGGUGCCUGGCUUCAGAACCUGAAGCCAGGCGACCCCGGCUAUGUUGAGCACGGCAUCCCCUACAGCGCCGAGGGUCUCUGGGUUCACAGCCCCGUCGAAGUGCGUGCGAGCGACUCGACCGUCUACACCUCGCGGGAGGCCAACACGCGCCCCUUCCUUGACCCCACGCAGUGUGACGGCCCCACGCUCUAUCUCAACGCCAUCAUGUAUCGCCCCUACCACCGUGAGCCGACCUACAACGCCACGGAGCGCUACUAUCUCGGCUUCGAGUGGCUCAUGCGCGAGCUCGGCGGCAAGCCGCACUGGGCCAAGACCUUCACCGCGACCCAGGCCGACCUAGCAAGGUGGUACGGCGAGGACCUCCAGCGGUGGGGCGCCGUCCGCGAGAGCGUCGACCCCGAGGGCAUGUUUGUUGGGCCCUGGCACAGACGCUACCUGCUGGAGCCCCUACAAAGGGACAAGCUCCUCCCGCUAGAGGAGAUUCAGCAGACGACUAAGAAGGUCCCCGCGAGGCAGGGUGGUGGUAUCGAAGUGAUUGGCAUCCAGAACCUCGUCGCGCCGAACUAG